AGUCUGCUUCCACCAGAACCACUACCAUUGGCCAGCCAAUGAGGUUCUUCAUUUGUAUGUGAACAUCCUUAAGUAGUUCUCACCGCUCUGUUUCUUCUAGAUAUCUGUUCUCUUGUUAUCUUUGUAUUUCUCAGGCAUUGAAAAAAAAAAUUAUGGCUUUCAUGAGCAAGAAAUCUAUUUUUCUUUUCUCAUUCUUUUUUUCUCUGUUCUCUCUGGUUCUCUUCUGCCAUGCAAUUGACAGAAUCACAAAAGGUCAAUCAAUCAAAGAUGGUGAAACCUUAGUAUCAGCUGAUGAAAAUUUUGAACUGGGAUUCUUUAACCCUGGAAAUUCUUCUUUGCGAUAUUUUGGUAUAUGGUAUCACAAGAUUCCGGGUCAGCCUGUCAUCUGGGUCGCUAAUAGAGAGAAUCCAAUCUCUGGUACAAAAGGGUCCUUUGCUUUCGGUGAAGAUGGAAAUUUUACAGUUAAAGACGGAAACAAUAUUUCAGUUUGGUCGAGUAAUUCUCCAGUUCCUUCUGUAGACUCAGCAGUAGCAAUUCUUGAAAAUGAAGGUAAUCUCAAACUAUUGGGCAGUGACAAUAUCACUGUCUAUUGGGAAAGCUUUGACAAUCCAACGGAUACGUUUUUGCCAAACAUGAGAAUUCUGGCUUCAUCGGGAGUGCAAAAGAGCUUCAGUUCUUGGAAAUCUGCGACUGAUCCUUCACCAGGAAACUUCGCCAUGGGAGUUGAUUCUAACGGAGCACCACAAAUGGUGUUAUGGGAGAAUUCAAGAAGGCGAUGGAGAAGCGGGUACUGGGAUGGACAAAUAUUUACAGGAGUGCCAAAUAUGACAUCCAUAGCUAAUUUCAAAUACGGAUUUAAGUAUAUAAAUGAUGGUAAUGGAAAUUAUUAUUUUACGUAUAAUCCAGCAAAUAGUUCUGAUUUCAUGAGGUUUCAUAUAACUUGGGAUGGAUAUGAAGAACAGUUGAAAUGGAAUGAAAGCGAAAACAAGUGGGAUCGGAUGCAAAUACAGCCCGCUAAUAACUGUGAACUCUACAAUUAUUGUGGCAAUUUCGGGGUUUGUAAGGCAUUAGCUAAUCCCGAAUGCAGAUGUAUGGAAGGGUUUGUUCCAAGGAAUCAAGAGCAAUGGGCAAAGGGGAAUUGGUCAGGUGGGUGUGUAAGAAGGACAGAAUUGCAGUGCCUGAAGAAUAUCAGUACAGCAGGGGAAGAUGGUUUUAAAGAGUUAAAAUGCAAUAAAUUGCCAGAUUUUGCUGUUGUCUAUGGGGACCUCUUUGAGGAUUGUCAGAAAAGGUGUUUAAGCAACUGUUCAUGUAAUGCCUUUGCAAGAGUUGAAAAUAUUGGAUGCAUGAUAUGGAAUGGGGACUUGAUUGAUGUCCAGGAUUUUGGCAAACCUGGGCUCGUUAUGCAACUACGUCUCGCUGCUUCUGAAUUUGAUAGCAAAAGAAAAUUAUCUGCAGGUGUGAUUGUGCUAAUUGUUGUGGCUGGAGUGGUCUUCCUAGCUAUAUCUGUAUGGCUACUCUGGUGCCUAAAAAGAAAACUCAAAGCUUCAGUUUUGCCCACAGCUGCCUCAGUUUCAUUGAUAAGAAAGAGUGAGAUGCCAUUUUCUGAUAUGAGCAAGAGUAAAGAAUAUUCAUCGGAGAUGUCUGGACCAGCUGACUUAGUCAUUGACGGGAGCCCAGUAAAUGGUCCUGAUUUGCCAUUGUUCAAUUUCAAAUCUGUAGCAGAAGCUACAAACAAUUUUUCUGAAGAAAACAAGCUUGGGCAGGGGGGAUUUGGUCAUGUCUACAAGGGAAAGCUUCCUGGAGGAGAAGAAAUAGCUGUAAAGAGGCUGUCAAGAAUCUCUGGCCAAGGCUUAGAGGAGUUCAAGAAUGAAAUCAUACUGAUUGCAAAAUUACAACACAGAAAUCUUGUUAGAUUACUAGGCUGCUGUAUUCAGGGAGAAGAGAAGAUGCUGCUUUAUGAAUAUAUGCCCAACAAAAGCUUGGACUUCUUUCUUUUUGCAGACCCUGCAAAGCAGGCAUUAUUAGACUGGAAGAAGAGGUUCAGUAUUAUUGAGGGGAUUGCUAGAGGUCUUCUUUAUCUCCAUCGAGAUUCAAGACUCAGAAUCAUUCAUAGGGACCUAAAGGCGAGCAACAUUUUGUUGGAUGAGGAAAUGAAUCCAAAGAUUUCAGACUUUGGUAUGGCCAGAAUAUUUGGGGGAAACCAAAAUGAAUUGAACACAAAUCGAGUUGUUGGCACAUAUGGUUACAUGUCACCUGAAUAUGCAAUGGAAGGCCUAUUUUCUGUCAAGUCAGAUGUCUAUAGCUUUGGAGUGUUACUAUUAGAGAUUGUGAGUGGCCGGAGGAACACCAGCUUUCGUUUAACUGAUCAUGUCAGCCUCGUUGCUUAUGCAUGGGACGUUUGGCAUGGAGAUAAAGCAAUGGAGGCAGUUGAUCCAUCAAUUCGAGAUUCGUGUUGCGAGAAUGAAGUAUUAAAAUGCAUACAAGUAGGGAUGUUGUGUGUGCAAGAUUCUGCAGUUCAAAGACCAACCAUGUCAUCUGUGGUGUUAAUGCUUGAAAGCAAUAAUCCAACUCUGCCAUUGCCUAGGCAACCUACUUAUACUUCAAUGAGAACCUCCAUGGAUACACUUGAAAUCGAUCUUGAAGGCCAGGAAAUUCAAGAAAUUCCAGAACUAGAGUGACAUGGGGUUGAGUUGAAGCAUUGUCAUUACAGGCCUAGAGAAUGAGAAUUGCAAUUUCUGGAAGCAGAAUCUGUGAAACAAAGAAAAGAAUUUAAUAUAAGAAGUCAAUGUUUGUUGAUCAGCUCAGGACAAAAUAUACCCAUCUCCAUCUGUAACAUAAAUUGCAUAUGUCUUUGUCUUCGUCCGCCUGAUGAAUAUCAAUGGUGUGUUUUGGCCUCU